AAGUCGAUGGCCUUUGAUUUGCAAGUGAAAGAUUUCAUUUGGGUUCCCCCAGUGGCUUCUCUCCUGUUGGCUUGCCGCCUUCAAUUUUCGCCACCAACCACAUUGGCAACUCGGAGAACACCGUCCGUAAAUGGUGCCAUAAAUGGAACCAGAGUAAUUUAUUCUGAAAGGACGGGCGACCUCUCAAUAUUGGGUUGUAUUUUCAGCGUUCAAAGGAUUAGCUAAAGUCCUCGGCAGAUGGCAGGACUCAAGCUGAAUCCUCGAGGCUGUUUCUCUCCAGCCGUUUUUGUUCUGCUUCAGAUCUGCUUCAGAAUGAUCCUCCCUGGAGUCACAUCCCUUCCCACGUGGAAUCCUUGUGAAACGGGCCAGGACACUCAGGGGACUCCUUCUCGCGGGACCCUCGCCAUCCCAAUUCCAUGAGGCCCUUCAGAGCAAUGGCCACACAACUUGAACUCGGCUCUGCCCUGACCUCACUGGGCGGCAUAAGCGAACCAAGGACCGAGGCCGCCUUCCGGCACUCCUUUAUCAGCUCACUGUCUGACGCCAGCCGGAAGCCCUGGGAGGGGCCCCGUGCUCUGGCCCCGCUUAUCCCAGAGGGCAGGGGGAAUCCUAUGGGUCCCACCACCAUGCCCUCCACCGCGUCCAGGCCACCUUGGACCCCCAAGCCCUUCUCCCGGGAGACGUCUUCCGACACGUUUGCUACAGUGAAACCGCCCGUCCCAGCACUCAAGCCCAGCAAUGCUUCGCCAAAGCCCCCCACCUUUGCCCAGACUUUUGAAGACGCUGCCAAGGGGUCGCCUGGAAACGUCCCACCGCUGGUGGAUCAAAAACCGAUGGAGACCAAAAGUCCCAUGGAGCCAGUCACCCACCUGCCCUUCUAUCUGAGUCCUGAGGCCAACACCGUCAUCCUCUUUGAAAGCAGAAGGCCUGUGAAGGGGAAGGCCGAAGAGGGAGGGUCCAAGGCCCAGGAGGGGCAGCUGCUACGCUCCCAGUCAGAGAAGUGGCCCCGAAGGCAGCCCUUGCCCUUCACGGACCCCAGGCCGGUCUCCUGGGCCCCUCACUGGAAGGAAGCCUUUGCGGGAGGACCCAAGGGUUCGGCUAGCAGCAUUGAGACACAGCAGAGUCCGACUCCGGCCACUGAGACGCACUCCCAGGCAGGUGGGAGACCCGCAGCCUCGGCUGGCUUUUGGGGAUCCUGGCAGGAACAAACGCAACCACCUCCUCCCAAGGCUGCUUCCGGCCCAGGGACCCCAAAGCCAAGGCCGCUCCCCACAGAUCUCACAGGCAGAUUUGAAGUCCGGGAGUCCUCCUGGGAGAAGAAGCCUUGUCUGGCUGAGAGCAGAGAGAAGAGCUUCCGCGUAGCUGGCAACAGGGCCCUGGGGGCCACAGGAGCCAGGCAUGCAGCAGCCGGCUUAAGUGGGGCUGCCCCAUCUGGGCCCAGAGCGAAAAGUGCCAGCCAGCUGGCUGAGCCCCCCCAAAGCUGUUUGCCCUCAGCUCCCUCAGGCCAGACCGUUUCGGAAGACGAGGGGCAAAACUGCGCACAGGAGCUGGGAAGCCAGGGGAAGCCCAGUGUGGGGCAGCCCAGCAUUAACCAAGACCAGCCUUUGGGGGAGAGAGGAGAGGUCACUCCCCAGGAGGCUGGCUUAAGGAAUGCCGACCCGCCCGACGCCUCGGAUGGCAAUCACAGAGGCUGCGCUAAAAAGACCGUCCCACUCCUGGACCUGUCAGCAAAGCCUUGGGCUCCCACCGAGAGCGAGUCCCUCCGCGGCAGCCCCGGAAAGGAGAUCCGGACACUGAACAUCCAGCAGAGGAUUCAAGUGCUGACGGCAGAGAACGCGGGUUUCAAGGCAGGAGGCCUGCACCGCUCCUUCCGCUCACGGCCUCUUUCCACAGAUUUGACAAAGAUGUUUUCUGGCCCCGUGAUUGCAGGCGAGCUGAAGCCCAAGAGGCAGCCUGAAUGGAACAAGAAGCCUGCUGGUGAAAUGCAAGAGGCUCCAGAGGAGACGACGCUGCCUGUGGGUGGAGCAGAUGUUGGAGAAGCCGGCAUGGCUGGCAGUCCCUGGAAGCCCCUGCUGCUGGCAAAAACACCGUCCAGAGAGGGGCCCCCCAAGAGACAGGGCAGCUUUGCUAAAGGCAGACUAAAUGCCUCUCUGCCAGGGGAAGAGCCUGGCUUGGUCCUCAGCCCCAAAGCGAGAACGUUGUCCAGUUCGUCCACUGAAGACGCCUGCCCUAAGACUGUCAGAGCCACCAUGUUUGAACAUCACGUGCAGAGAUACAGUGUGGUGGCCAGCCAGCUUGGCACCGAACCGGCCUUGCUCUCAUUGAUGGUGCCCUUUGGAGGCUCGCCCUGCUGUGGUGGGGAAUUUUGGAAGGAGAGAAUGGUGGGAGAUGGCCAGCCGACCAAAGCCUCCGCCCUGGAGGCUGAAGCAUCAGGGGAGGCCGGAGGACCCAAAGAUCCCAGACCUUUAACCGAGGACGAAGGCUCUCCGACGUUGGCAGAAGACUCCCUGGGGGAGAAGGGUGAGCAACCUGCUUCAAAGGGCAUGAACGAUUCCCUGCUGGCUCAAAGGAUCGAGCCCAGGUACGAGAUUCUGCAGACCGUGGGGGAGAGGGCGCAGAGCGAGGCAGUGGCAGUUGUUUCUGGAGGGAAGGCCAUCACUCUCCGCCGCCAGAGAUAUUUGAAGGAGAACCGGAGAGCUGGUGACUCUGGCAAGAGCGAAGGCUGGAGAGGGGCUUCUGCCCUAGGAACUGGCCCGUGGAAGGACCACCCUGCCUCCGGGAUCCAGGCUGCUUUCUACAGGGAAGGAAGUGGGCCAGAGAGGAAUCGGGCCGGACAGCAGGCGGCCUCUUUCAGGAUGAAGGAUGACGGCAACUUUGCCCCAUGGUUGGAAACCGAAAAGGAGAGGGGGCUUGCUCCUGCUGGUGUGACGGAGGGGUCCAAAGCACUGGGUCGCACCCUGCAGUGGGCUGAAACCAGGGCGCCCGAGGCCGAUGGCUGGGAAGGCUGGCCCGGCGUGCUUGAUCAGCAGACCAGCCGGGGGCAAAGUGCCAGCUGCCCAGGACGCCUCUUCAGCCUGGACCUGAAGCCAUCUCAGGGGCCGGAGGACCCCGAAGGACAGAAGCUGCGCUCAGCCAGAUACGGAGCGGCCCAAGAAAUGUGGGAGGCCAUGGCGGAAGGAAAGGAGUCGCGAGAGCUCGGCAUCGAAGCGAGGUGGACGAGCAGCUUCCAUGACGUUUCUGCUCCCAAAGGUUCAGAUCGCUGGCGAAGGAAGACUCUGCCCCACGGCUCUGCUAGGUUUGAGGACCCGGGGGAGCCCCCUCAGGGCCCUGCUGAACUGGCCAGCAGAAGCAACACCCUGCAUCUGAUGGAUGGCUCAGUGGCAAAGAGAAGCCCCCAGACCCUCGGUGGACUAGAGCCCAGACAGGCGGAGGUCACCUCUCCCAGCCGCCCGAAGAAGCCGCUCUCUCCUUCAGAGCCCAAGGCCACGUAUUUUGCAGUCACUUGCCAAAUCUCGGAGGAGAUCAAUACCCAGCCUGGGAGAGCUGCGGCUGUGGCUCCUCAUGUGAGUGCUUCCAGAAGAGCCGAUCCCUUUUCAGAGGGAGAGAGCUCUCCAGCCAGGCCUCUUGGCAGGCGCAGGGGAGAAACGGGGGCCUCGGACCGUCCAGACACCGGGGCCUCUAAGGCUCCCCCGACUGAGGCCAGAGACCAGGAGCUGCCGCAGAGACAACCAGAGGCAUCAGCCGAAGGGCGUCCAGCCAGACCUGACCUGCCCCUCUGUCCUGGGGCAAGGUCUCCUUCCUACUUGGCGCCCCUCCAGCAGGAUAGCCAGCAGAAGAGAUCCGGCACGCUCAGUCUCGGCGGAGAGGAGGAGGAGGCGGCCCCCGAUCACUACAGAUCGAGAGUGGUGGACAUUGAUGAGCUGAUGGCAGAAUAUGGGGGAGAGUCCCAGAAGCUUUGUGCCAGGGAGGGCCAGAGAGAGAGCAGCUUCUCUCCUUGGGAGAAAUGGCCUCCCAGGAGCAGCUUCUCGGGGAAGCUCCCCUGCAGCUCUGACCAGAGAGAGACCAGGGUGGAGCACUCCCUGGGCAGCAAAGGGCCAGGCACCGAGGCCAGCAGUGGCGAGGGGAGCCGUGCACGUGGGAGUGAUCCACUGGAGAUCCACCCCCAGGAAUCUAGGACCAGAGGGGGGAAAUGCAGCCCUCCUCAAUGGGGCAAGCCGGACACAGAGAAGCCAAAGCCAUGGUCUGCAGAGCCCCCUGAGCCAAAGAUGAAGACAUCCUUUCUCAUUGGCAGGGAGCAAGGAGAGGGCACCGGGCAGAGUGCCAAAGAUGCCUGUCCCAGUCCCCACCCUGCCCAGAUAGACCUGGGAGGCUUGUGGAAGGAAGCCAGUCCGAAGCAGCGGGCAGUUCUGGCCCCUACCGGGGGGUGGUGCCCCAGCAGUGACUGGAGGGGCGGCAAGACUGGGUGGAAAGCUGAGCCCCAGGCCGGAGUCUGGGAGAAGGGCCCUCCUGUAGCGCAGCUUGGAGCGGAGUGGAGCAGUGCCACUGCAUCCCCAGGGACGGGGGCCAUGCCAGAGCUGAAGCGUUCCUCCUCUGACAAGACCCCUCGGAGCCCAGCAAGGCUCAGCUUUCCUUUGGGACCAAGGCUGGAUCAGACACACAUCUGCCAGCGCUUCACUCCUGAAAGGCCCGGGGCCUGGCUAAGUAAGGGAGGCCCAUCACCAAGGGACUGCUCCUCCUCCCACGGAGGCACAAGGGACCUUGGAGAAGGCGGCCUCAGAGUGGACCGUGACGAUGCCACAGCCAUCAAGUGCUCUCCGUACCUCCUUUCACAGCGACGCAGUCACAGUUUCUACAACGAGAGGAGGACAGAUCACUGGCCAGGGGACCACUUGAAGCAGUGCUUCGGCCGGCCGUCAGCAGAGGCCAGGGACACCGACGUCCUCGUGCAGGAAGCCAAUGGCAGUUUCAACUCAAAGUCUCCUUCCUUGGAGGGCAGCGUGGCCCCUGCACAGAAGCCAUCUCCCAGCUGUCAAGCGUCCUUGUACUCAUCUCAGAGGGGUCUGGCCACUGCCACUGACCGACAGGCUUCAUCCAGGGAGCAGAGGAGCCACAGCCUGGACGAUUCCAGCCCAGACGCAGAUUCAGCAUCUCCCCCCACGGAGAAGGCCAGCCCGGACUUCUCCUUCCUGGAGCAAACUCCCCGGCUGGACUCAAGGGUCCUGAAGAGCCGCAUCCUCCUGGGCAAAAAGCGGCAGCAGCAUCGGGCCCCCAUCUCCCACACCCUCAGGAGGGGUGCCAGUGGAGAUGCCCAGCCGGCCCCCAUCUCUGCAGUGGAGGGACCAGCCAGCGCCUGGAUGUUCAGGGACUGCACAGGAAAGCCCCCCAGGACAGGAGAGGAAAAGGAUGAAGAGGAGUCCCCUCCAGCAGAGAGGCCGUUCCCUGCCCAGCCGCGGCUGCCUCUCUUUCCGGGCCUGGCUCCCUCCGCCCUCAAGGCUCAACUCAGGAAAAGGCACGAGUCGGAAGGGAGGAGGGAGGAAGCCCCCCCAGCACCCCUCUGCAAGUCUCCCAAAGGUCCGCUUCUGGCCAGGGGCUCCGGUGGCCGGGCGCUGGCGGCCACCCCCGAGAAGGAAGGGAGGCUGGAGGAGCUGCCCCCCCCCAUGGCUGACGGAGCUGAAGUCCAGGAGGAAGCAGGACCAGCCUGAGAGCCCCAUCUGAGGUUGAAGCCAUGACUGGCCAGAGGAGGAGCUGCCUUAACUGACCUCUGCCCUUUCCCUGCCCUCCUGAGGUUUCCUCUCGCCUUGACCGACCGCUCCGUGCUCAGUGCCUUCCUCGUGGGGCCCUGCCUGGCUCCAGUCCCGGAGAACUCGUGGGAGGGGGCCCGGCCCCACCACCCUGUAUCUGGGGCUGCCUUCCUGCUGGGGAGUCAAGGAGAGAACCUGGGAUCUGUGGGCAGAGAGGCCUCGGCCUUCCCCUUUCUCUCUGCAGAAGUGAGAACCGGAUCUCGUUUCUGCCAUAUCGAGGAGGAAAAAGGGCCACUUAGUUUUUCUGGGAUCUAUUUUUGAUCAGCUGAACAAAAGUUGUGGAUUUGCUACUUGGCCAGGGGCAACAUGGUGGUUCGUUCCUGUUGUUGUUCAAAAAGAUCAGAGGUGGUUUUAUUGUAGGAGUUUUGUCGGCUGUGGAGUAAUUGAACCGUCCUUUCCCAGGAGAGAGAAAGCAAUAAAGUCCAGCGUCUCUUCCAGAAUGGCUGUAAAUCACCCCCGGAGGCGGCUUUUGUCUUGACUUCAGAAAGAGGAAACGGACAGAAGGGAGAAAGAAGCAACUGGGUCUCAGCCACAGAAUCCUCUUUGUCUUUGCUGUAGAUUUUCUUGUAAAUAUUUGGGGAAGGGAGUCCUGAAUUCGAUUCCGGUCCUUCCAAAUGUCCGGAUCUCUCCCGAUUCUAAGCGUGGGAGCAAAUGAACCUGCCUCUCCGUGGCCGGGGGUGGGAUGGGGGGAGGUGGGGGGAGGUCCCUGGAAAGAGGGCAGAGACCCUUGCAAGCCCUUUUCUGCUCAUCCUGGUUAGCUGGAGAAAUCCCAAAUUGGGCAGUUCUGUGAAUACGUCUGUGAGCGAUGAGGCCCGAACACCUCUGAAGAUCCCUUUGGUUAUGCUGUGGGGCGCAUGGGGGGUGACCCCCCUGCCUUUUGCCCCUUUGGAGGCACUCUUGGCAGCAGAGUGGCUACCCCAAGGCUGCCUCUGGUCCUGCUUGGCUGGCUGCUCAGUCAGCCCUGUGCCCAACCUCGGGGUUUGCAUUCCUGCCUCCUGAGACGCUGCUGUGGCUAGAAACCUGCCCCCCCCCCCCCCAUAAGUGCUCUUCUCGAAAUGCUCUGGCUCCCCAAAGGGUUCAGCCAGAGGAGAUAGUGACAGCCGGCCGUUGGGCCUCUGCGCCUCCCAGGUGCCGGUCCUGGACCACAGCUUUUCUUUCUUUCUUUCUUUCUUUCUUUUUCUUUUUUCUUUCUUUCUUUCUCUCUCUCUCUCUCUCUCCCCCUUGUUUGGAGGAGAUGGCCCCAACCCCUGUGCCACUUGGAGGAGGCCUCUCCUGGCAGUGCCAGCAGGACAUCCGGGCAUCUGCAGCAUUUCUGAGGCUGGGAGAACUUGGCUGGCAGAUCUCUGGGAAGCCACACACAGAGGUCCUGCUCCUGGACAUGUUCCGUCUCGAUUGUCUGAUUAAAAAGCUUGCUCAGAGCGA